AUGGAGGACCGAUCGUCAAACCCGACCACCCUGGUAGAUUCUCUCACCAGUGCUCUCCUCAAACGAGAAGCAAAAUCGUCCCGGCGAAAAUUGACUGUCUUACCCAGAACGGCAGUGGACUUUUCUUCCAAUGACUUCCUCUCUCUGUCAACGUCGCCAGUGUUUCGUCAACGCUUUCUGUCGCAUCUGAACUCGGCACCGGAGUCAUUUCCCUUCGCCAGCGGUGGAUCUCGCCUACUCGAUGGCAACUCUGCGUAUGCGGAGGAGUUAGAGCGCUUUGUGGCCGAGUUCCACAAGGCUCCAGCUGCGCUCCUGUUCAAUUCUGGGUAUGAUGCCAAUAUUGGAGUAUUGGCCAGUGUCCCACAGCCAGGAGAUCUGAUUCUGUACGAUGAAUUGGUUCAUGCAAGCUCCCGCGAAGGAAUGCGGCUUUCCCGCGCAACAGCCAGGAAGAUGUUUGCGCAUAGCUCCCCAAGCGCCCUCAGACAGGUUUUGGCUGCGGAGAUUCAAAGUGAUCCCCGGGUUCGUGACGGCUUGAGGAAUGUCUUCAUCGUGAUCGAAUCAUUGUACAGCAUGGAUGGCGACGUGGCGCCCAUCAACGAAUUUAUCCGCGUGAUCGACGAGCUGCUUCCACGACAAAAUGGGUAUUUCAUUGUAGACGAGGCUCAUGCAACGGGCGUCUUUGGGCCCCGAGGGGCUGGUGUCGUACAGCAGCUUGGUGUUCAGAAUCGAAUGUUCAUUCGUGUGCAUACCUUUGGAAAGGCUCUCGCGAGCCAUGGAGCAAUGGUCUUGUGUGGAUCUGAGACAAGGGACUAUCUGAUCAAUUAUGCUCGGAGCCUGAUUUACACCACCGCUCUUGGUUUCCCAUUCUUGGCAUCAAUCCGUACAGCCUACGAACUCUUAUCUUCGGGAGAAACUGACUUGCUGCGAGCUCGGUCCCAGAAACUCAUCAUUCAUCUUCAUCAACGCUUGGAAGGUCUCAAAUUAAGUCGAUCUGUUCCCUUCAAAGUUGACCACUAUGCAACAUCUCCCAUCUUUUCACUACGUACAUCACAACCACGUGAAUUGGCGAGAGUCUGUCAAGAAGCUGGUUUCAUCAUUCGGGCGAUUAUGCCUCCUACUGUCCCCCAGGGUAGCGAAAGAGUUCGGGUAUGCCUCCAUGCAAGCAAUACGGAGGCCGAAAUUGAUGGUCUGGUUGAAGUAAUUCAAUCGUGGCUGGAUCGCAGCGCGAUGGAUCCUAGCCCCAAGCUGUGA